GCAGGAGAGGCGUGGAGCCGGAGCCAGCAGCUCCGGGCUGCCUCACCUGGCCCGGGCCGGCGGCGGGACCAGCAUCUUCCCCAGCCGCAUCCCAUGGGAGCAUCGCCAGGCAUGGACAGCCUGAGCAGCAGCCUGAAGAAGAAAGCCACGGAGCAGCACUACAGGGCUGAGGUGAUGAUUGCUGGAGAGCAGCUGAGGCUCCGGCUGCACGACGGGAAGCUGAUCAAGGACAGGAGGUACCACCUGCGGACCUACCCCAACUGCUUCGUGGCCAAGGAGCUCACGGACUGGCUCAUCGACCACAAGGAAGCGCCCGACCGCGAGACCGGCAUCCGCCUGAUGCAGAAGCUGAUGGAUCACUACAUCAUCCACCACGUCUGUGAUGAGCACUCGGAUUACAAGGAUGCCAAGCUGCUCUACCGCUUCCGCAAGGAUGACGGGACCUUCCCCCUCAGCAAGGACGUGAAGGUGUUCAUGCGAGGGCAGAGCCUCUAUGAGAAGCUGGUGAGCGUGGAAGAGUCAAUCCUGAAGAUGAGGGAGGAGAACUCGGUGAAGUACCAGAGGACUUUCCUGGGCUCUGAGAUGAUCGACUGGCUCAUUCAGGAGGGAGAAGUGGAGAACAGGCAGGAGGCAGUGGAGCUGGGACGGGCACUGCUGGAGCACGGCAUCAUUCAGCAUGUCUCCAAUCGGCAUCACUUCUUUGACAGUGACAUCCUCUAUCACUUCUGGAUCAACUUUCGGCGGCGGCGGCGUCUGACGGAGUUACUCAAUGAGAACUCUUCCCGUGCCCUCUCCGAGAGCCCUGACAGCCCCUUCUGCCUUCGCAAGCUCAACCCAGACCCGGGCAACACCAGCUUCCUCUCUGUCCAGACCAACAAGGAGAUCAAAGUUGUCUCAGCAGUUCGAAGGAGCAGCAUCACUUCCCUCUCUGGAAACUCCAACGCCUACUUCAGCGCUCCUCCUACGCUGGUAUUCCCCCCCGUGGCUGAGUGCAACCCCAAAUCAGUGUUAAAGAGACCUGUCACCAACGAAGAGCUCCUGUCCCCUGGGGCCCCCUAUGUCAAGAAAACGCUGACUAUUGUGGGGGAUGCAGUGGGCUGGGGGUUUGUGGUUCGAGGAGGAAGACCUUGCCACAUCCAGGCAGUGGACCCAGGAGGACCUGCUGCAGCUGCGGGGAUGAAGGUGUGCCAGUUUGUUUUCUCAGUGAAUGGGGUCUACGUUCUGCAUCUGGACUAUCAGACCAUCAGCAGCCUCAUCAUGACAGGACCACGGACUCUGGUGAUGGAAGUGAUGGAAGCCAUUGAAUGAGCCAAGGAGCCUCAUCCCACUGCUGCUGGAAAAGGCAGGACUGUCCACUUGGCAGGGAUGGACUGUGGGGAGGGACCAAGCUCGACCGCUCACUGUGAUGUGUUAACCAGGCAUUUUGAUGUAUUUUCAAAUAAAUACAUUCUGAUGGAAAAAUCUUGGAUUUUUCUGCUCUUGAAAUAUUUGUCUCUGCCUGCUCUUAGGGUGUCUAAGCUCUUGCAGCUCCUUUUUAGUGCCAGUGUGAGAACUCAGCACUUAAUGAACCCCACCUUAGAGCAGCCCUUCACCAGCCAAGCUGUGAGGCAGGUGGCAAAGCUGGUAAGCAGCAAGGAGUUUAUACCAAGUGGGUCUGUCUGAGCUGCCCUGAGCUGUCUGGGCACUCUUCUGAGAACACAAUGUGCUCUCCAGAUGGCCCCAUAAGCUGUGCCACCAGCUCUGUCAAGAAAAUAAGGAAAUUAAUACAGGAAUGUGUGUUCCCUGUAAAGUCUAAGGCUCCUGCUACUCUCCUGGCAUAGCCAGGCUCACAGCCAGGGCUGGCUGCUGUUCCCAGCUGUUUCUUGAAAAGGUGACACUACCAUGAUUGUGCUUUUAGUGCUCCCACCCUUUAAUAAGGCUUAAUUUCAUUAAUCAGCUUUACCUCAGCAAGGAGGCAGGCAAAGAUCCCAAACACCAUAGGCUGCUACCAGCCUAAUGGGGGGUGGUGGUAAAGGAGGGACCAAAACCAGACAGUGCCCAAAAGGGAAUUCAUCCUAGUCUGAUUCUGGCUCUGGGAAGGCACAAAAAUGACUGAAAGCCACCAAAAUCCAGCCCUCUGUCCCCUGCUGCUUUCAGGACAGCUAUAUCUGCAGCCAGUGCAAAAUAUGCCUUGCAAAGUACCCUGAAAGUGAAGUAAAUAUAGAAAAACAGGUGAUAACAAGAUUUUAGGGAGGUUUCCUUCUUUCCAGUUCACAGAGCAUCCUGUUUGUGAUUAGCCUGCCGUGCUGUGCAUAGACAGGAUGAUUGCCAGCACUCCUGCUUAGGGCAGGGUCCUCAGGGCAGCUCCUCUGGCCACAAACCAAGCCUUAAAAAAAAAAAACCAAAAGUCCAAAAGUAGUAAUUUUGGUUUGUGUUAAAAUGGGCUUGACUUUUUGGGGGAAUCUGAUGUCAGGUGUGUAUCAGGUGUUGCUGUACUGCUGGCUGCCUUUUUUCCCCCUUGGUAAAAAGGGAGAUCUGCUCCCCCCAGUGCUGGUGCUGAGGUAAUGGAGCACAGAAUUCCUGGAACAGAUCCUAGGCAAGAUGUUUGCAUUGAUAAUUGGGGUCCUUCCAGCCCCUAAGUGGAACCAGACCAUCUCCUCAGCUGUUUGUCAAUAAACUCACAGUGGUUAUUUGCAGCAUUCAGUGCACGAGUUCAGCAAACUCCAUCUGCCUUUCUGUUUUUCAAAUUCUCUUUAGGGAGAGUUUGGGUGUCUGUGAUGUCCCAAAGGUUUAACCCAGGGUGCUUGGCUUGCACUAAGGUCAAAUCCAGAAAAUUUAGGCAUGGUGUGGUCACCUUGGGAAAGGCAGGUCAGGAAAGAACACCCUGAACACGAGCACUGAAAACAGCUUCAGAUUUUUCUGUGUCAAAGCAGGAAUUUUUAAUUCUGUAUCUAAAUUCCUUGAAAGCUCAGGAAGUAAGUGCUAAUUUCUUUCUCUCCUACUUUGAAAGAAAGCUGUAGCAGCUCUGAGCAACAUCAGAAACCCAUUAGGAAUUAAAGAAAUGGUAAUUAAUGGUAUUUGCACAUAGGGCAGUGACAACCCUCUCUCCAUGGGGUACAAAAUGCUCUGUCCUUUGUUUUAUUAAGAAUUUGUUGCCCAUUUUUGCCCAGAGAAAGCUGUGGCUGCCUCAUCCCUGGAAGUGUUCAAGGCUGUGUUGGAUGGGGCUUGAAGCAACCUGGGAUAAUGGAAUGAGUUCCUUUUACAGGGGUUGGAAUAACAUGCUCUCUUAUGUCCCUUCCAACCUAAACCCUUCUGUAAUUCGAUUAUUUAAGUGCUUCCUUUUGGUGUUAUCCUUUGGUCUGUAUUUUGUGAUGCUUUUAAGUACUUACAAGAUUAUACAAUAAAACUUCAAAGA